GCGUGCGCGGCCGCGGGGGCCAUGGGGCGGCGGGCGCGGGGCCGGCGGCUCCAGCAGCAGCAGCAGCAGCAGCAGCGUCCCCCGGGCGCGGAGCGCGGCGCCGCGGCGGGCAGGACGCGCCAGGACGCGGGCUGGGAAGGCGGGUACCCCGAGAUCGUCAAGGAGAACAAGCUGUUCGAGCACUACUACCAGGAGCUCAGGAUCGUGCCCGACGGCGAGUGGGACCAGUUCAUGGGCGCGCUCCGCGAGCCGCUCCCGGCCACCCUGAGGAUCACCGGCUACAAGAGCCACGCAAAGGAGAUUCUCCAUUGUUUGAAGAACAAGUACUUCAAGGAGUUGGAGGACCUGGAGGUGGACGGGCAGAAGGUGGACAUGCCUCAGCCCCUGAGCUGGUACCCCGAGGAGCUGGCGUGGCACACGAACUUGAGUCGGAAAAUCCUGAGGAAGUCUCCUCAACUGGAAAAGUUUCACCAGUUUCUGGUUAGCGAAACCGAGUCUGGGAACAUCAGCCGGCAGGAGGCCGUGAGCAUGAUCCCGCCGUUGCUGCUCGGCGCCCGCCCCCAGCACAAGAUCCUGGACAUGUGCGCGGCGCCGGGGUCCAAGACCACGCAGCUGAUCGAGAUGCUGCACGCGGACAUGAAUGUGCCCUUCCCAGAGGGCUUUGUCAUCGCCAACGACGUGGACAACAAGCGCUGCUACCUGCUGGUGCACCAGGCCAAGCGGCUGGGCAGCCCCUGCAUCAUGGUGGUCAACCAUGACGCGUCCAGCAUCCCGCGGCUGCAGAUCGAUGUGGACGGGCGCAAGGAGAUCCUCUUCUACGACCGCAUCCUGUGCGAUGUCCCCUGCAGUGGAGACGGCACCAUGAGGAAGAACAUCGACGUCUGGAAGAAGUGGAGCACCCUGAACAGCUUGCAGCUGCACGGCUUACAGCUACGGAUCGCCACGCGGGGCGCCGAGCAGCUGGCAGAAGGUGGCCGGAUGGUGUACUCCACCUGCUCGCUGAACCCCAUCGAGGAUGAGGCCGUCAUUGCAGCGCUGCUGGAGAAGAGUGAAGGAGCUCUGGAGCUGGCUGACGUGUCCUCCGAGCUGCCGGGGCUCAAGUGGAUGCCUGGCCUUGCGCACUGGAAGGUGAUGACCAAGGAUGGCCAGUGGUUUGCAGACUGGAGUGAUGUCCCCCACAGCCGACACACCCAGAUCCGGCCCACCAUGUUCCCGCCCAAGGACCCCGAGAGGCUGCAGGCCAUGCACCUCGAGCGCUGUCUUAGAAUAUUACCGCAUCAUCAGAACACCGGCGGGUUCUUUGUGGCUGUGCUGGUGAAGAAGUCUUCAAUGCCGUGGAAUAAACGCCCACCCAAGCCGCCCAGCGAGUCUGCGGAGUCCAGAGCCCCCCGGCCGCCCAGCACAGCGGAGGCCACAGAAGGAAGCGCUGCCCCCACCUCGGCGCCUGAUGGCCAGCCAGCCGCCCAGCUGGACGCUGACGUGACCGAAAGAACCGAGGACACAGAGAGUAACGGAAACCGGAAGGAUGGCGUGUGCGGCCCUCCGCCAUCUAAGAAAAUGAGGCUGUUCGGAUUUAAGGAAGACCCGUUUGUGUUUAUUCCCGAGGACGACCCCCUGUUCCCGCCCAUUCAGAAGUUCUACGCUCUGGAUCCCUCGUUCCCAAAGACGAACUUGCUGACCCGGACCGCGGAGGGCAAGAAGAGGCAGCUGUACAUGGUGUCCAAGGAGCUGAGGAAUGUGCUGCUGAACAACAGCGAGCGGAUGAAGGUUAUUAACACGGGGAUAAAAGUCUGGUGCCGGAACAGCAGCGGCGAGGAGUUCGACUGUGCCUUCCGCCUGGCCCAGGAGGGAAUCUAUACUCUGUACCCGUUCAUCAACUCGAGAAUCGUCACCGUCACCAUGGAAGACGUGAAAGUUCUGUUAACCCAAGAGAACCCGUUCUUCAGAAAACUGAGCAGUGAGACGUUCAGCCAGGUGAAGGACCUGGCGAAGGGCAGCAUCGUCCUGAAGUAUGAGCCGGACCCCACGCAGCCCGACACCCUCCAGUGCCCCAUCGUGAUGUGCGGAUGGCGGGGAAAGGCCUCUGUCCGGACCUUUGUGCCCAAGAAUGAGCGGUUCCACUACCUCAGGAUGAUGGGGCUCGAGGCGCUAGCCGAAAAGAAGAAGGAAGCGCCUGAGCCGGCCGACGGGAGCACGGCUGACGCCGGGACCGGGGAGGAGCAGGCCCUGCACGAGGCUGAGCCGGAUGCCAGCCCGGGCAGGGACCCAGCCACGCCGGCCCGGUGAGGCCAAGCCAUCCUGGUGUCCAGAGCCAGACGCAGGGCCCUGGCCUCACAGGACGUGUCUUAGAGCGGCGGGCGGGGCAGGCACUCGUGCUGGGGACGCUGGUCGUGCCGUCCCCGGGCUGGGCCUGGCCGUCGAGGGCCUGCUCCUGGCAGAAGCUUUCAGGUCCCUUCUGUUAUUGCCUAUAUCGGUCUUUGUUUAUAGAGAGAAUCUAUAACUCCUGUGAGUCGUCGGGAAACAUACCGCUUGCUGUCAUGGUCAGCUGCGCGGCGGGCGGUGGGGGGCUCCACGCGGGGCCUCCGCGGACUUCUGUGCCUUGUGGGAAAGGGAGAAACGCGCUUUCUCGAGGAAGAGCUGUCUCUUGACGUGGGAUACUAAUGCUGAGGGUGUUCUGCUUUUACAGGGGUGCUUUGCAAUUUUAAUUUUUAAAUGGGGUUUGGGAUCCUUGGAAAGUUUAAAUAAAGAGUUAUUCAUGAGACACCUGUGCGAGGCUCACGUUUCGCCUUGGGAGGCAGGAGGACCGGCCUGCUUUGGGGCCAGUGCAGAGGACAUGCCCGUGGGGCUUUUGCAUCUCAGCUGGCGGGGCUUUCGGCAAGCCAAGGUGCUCCCGAGGGAAGCAAAGUCUCAUGAAAUGGUCUCGGGGAGAUGGCGUUGCCGCAGGCGCAGGGAUGAGGCGUGACUCUCACACCCGACACAGAAACGAGCCCCGAAGGAUGACGACACGUGUGUAAGCCCCGAAACCGUGAGGCGAAAGGAAACCGCAGCCAACUCCCUGUCAGCCUGGGCGGCUUUCUAGAUUUGACAUCAAAAGCAAAGGUAACAAAAGCCAAAAUAAAAUCAAGCAUCAAAUCAAAAACCUCAGCAAGUCAGCAAGAUGAAAAGGUGACCCUUGGGGCGGGAGAAAACACCUAAACCCCAGUAUCUGACGAGGGCUUCAAAUCCAGCACGUCAGGACCUGGCGCGAUAGCAAGGAACCAAAUAUCCCAUGAAAAAUGGGCAAAGGACCCUAAAUAGACAUUUUCCCAAAGAAGACAUCCC